AGAGAUAACUGCCCGUGGUAGUAAUGCUCUCAGGAGAGUAACACAACAUUACAUCGCUCUGGAUUUGACGUAUCGGUUUUGUUCGCGUAAGGUCAGGAUACGUUUGGCCUUGUCGAGAGAGAGAAAGAUGGUGACAAUGGACGAACUUUGUGAAAUGGAUUGCGGCGUUUUGAAAAGGUUGAUGAAGGACGACAGCGCGAAAUGUCUGGUGUUGGACUGCAGAUCAUUUCUAGCGUUCAGCGCCGGUCACAUUCGUGGUGCCGUAAAUAUUCGGUGUAACACAAUUGUCCGGAGACGAGCGAAAGGCUCCGUGAGUUUGGACCAGAUAUUGUCGGGCGACGAUGAAGUCAGAGCCCGACUAAAAUCCGGCUUGUAUUCCGCCGUAAUCCUGUACGACGAGCGGACGUCAGAUACAGACACUAUCAAAGACGACAGCACGAUCACACUGGUGCAUAACGCCUUGUGUAGGGAUAUAUUUAGGACUGAAAUCUUUCUGCUGAAAGGAGGCUACGACAGAUUUUCCACGCAGUAUCCUGAUUACUGUUUGAAAACCAAAACAUUACCCGUUUGCUCCCCUCCAUCAAGCGUGGAGGCCAGCUGCACAUUCUGCGGAACUCCACAGCACGACCAGGGUGGCCCCGUGGAAAUCCUACCCUUUCUGUUUCUGGGCAGUGCACUCCAUGCAUCUAAAAAGGAUAUGUUAGAUGGUAUGGGCAUUUCUGCUCUACUGAAUGUAUCGUCAAACUGUCCCAACCAUUUUGAAGGAGCUUACCAGUACAAGUGUAUCCCAGUAGAAGACAACCAUAAAGAAGAUAUCAGCUCCUGGUUCAUCGAAGCCAUCGAAUUCAUAGACUCCGUCAAGGAUUCCAACGGGCGCGUACUGGUGCACUGUCAGGCCGGUAUCUCACGGUCGGCCACCAUCUGCCUGGCAUACCUGAUGAAGAAGAAGCGGGUGCGUCUGGAAGAGGCCUUCGAGUUCGUUAAACAGCGACGCAGUAUCAUCUCUCCCAACUUUAGUUUUAUGGGUCAGCUGCUGCAGUUCGAGUCUCAGGUGCUGGCCACUUCCUGUUCCGUAGAAGCAGCCAGUCCUUCCGCCACGCUCGGCCCCAAGUCUUCCUCCACUCCUACGUCUCCCUUCAUCUUCAGCUUCCCUGUGUCGGUGGUGACGCACUCCCAGCCCAGCAGUCUCACCUACUUACAGAGUCCGAUCACGACGUCACCGAGCUGCUGAUACGUAGCCGUCCCUUCGUGAGAAGGUUCCUCCAAAGACUGAACAGAGUUUUGAAGGUUGAAUUUUUCGAAGUCCUUCACUUGGCACAAUCACAUGGUCGUCGAGCUAUGUUUUUUUGGAAAACACAAUCCGGGAGUCAUUUUGGUAGAUGAUCCUCACCAUGCAUUAAAAUCAAAAUGCAAUCAUAAUGUUAUGAGGACAGAUCAUCUCCUUCAUUUCCUGAGGUUUGCUUUUUCAAGGUCUGCUCUGUGUGGAGACAAAGUGCAGAAGUCUGACAGGUGCCUGACAGGUCAUAUUGGGUCUGGACUUCCCACUUUCCCUUCCUUCCUUCCUGUCUCUAUCUCUUUCUCUGGCUCUCAUCUCCUUGAAGAAUGACUGAAUUCCAUUAAUAGAGACAGUCCAGUCCUGCUGGAGCUCCCAGAAGUGCCAUUGUUGGCAAACCGUAGCUGGCAUAAUCCCGAGAAGGAAAUGUGUUUCACGAUUUGUCAGUGCCUUGCACAAAGAAGGUACAGCACGUUUUUAAAUGCUCACGUCGGACCCAUUCACAUCUUCUUUACGAAAUAUCACAAGUCAUUGAACCCUUGGGAAAACAUUCAAUCUGCAAUACGGACAUAUUCCGCAACCUGUUCCUAUCACAAAUUAGAGCAAUAACCUAAUUGUCCUUCUUCCCAGUCACAAUUAAAGCACUGUAUGGUUUGUUAUGUUGUAUGAUUGUGAUUUCAAACUUCUGAUUUUGUUGUUUGCCAAUUUGUACAGAAGAGAUCUCAUUCAUUAUUCCUGCUGUAUGCCUUACCAAUAAUGACUGUGGUGAUCUUCCACUGGGAAUGUUCUCAUUAAUAUGAUAUUUAAGUAUUAGUGUGUGAUACUUAUACUCGGAGGUCUUCAGAAAGGCACACAGAUAUUCGAAGGCACCACUUUUGAUCUAGUAAAUGGCCCAGAUUACCCUGAAGGGCUUAUACACUGAAACUUUUUACACUGGAAGUUUGGGAAACCAUGGUUUACUUUCCCAUAAGUCAAUUUGCUUUUUAGAGUCCCUUACUGAUGAUAUAAUUAAGAAAUUGCUCCGUAUAUUUGCAAUGUGUACAUGAGCCCCGUUCUCUUUUUUUUUGUAUGAGACCGUGGGCAUCUUUUAUAGAGCACUUAAGUGAUGCAAAAUUGAUUUGAGGUUUAUUUUGCACCUCAUCGGAAUUGAAGUUACUGAGCAGCAGCAAAUUUUUCCCCGCAUUGAAAUGUUUGUUUUGUUUUUGGAUAUUACAUUAUUAGUAAACAAUCACUCUUGAAUGCAAUACUUUUUACUGUACUUGUUAAGAGAAAUGUUAUUGGUUGAUAACUCAUGGCAAUAUCAUAGAAAGGGUUACGAUUUUCUAACUCUUCCCUGUUCUGUUGUAUUAUAUGUACAUUUAAUUUAUCUCAUGAUUGUCUUUGUUAAAUAUAAAAGUGUUCUUUAACGAAA